AUGGUGCCCGUGGUUGAGACCAUCGACCGCAUCGAAGGGAUCGUCACGUCGAUCAAGGAGAUCGUCGAGCACGGAUCGGACGUCUCCAACGUAUCGGCUGUGCGCGCUGCCGGAGAACUCAAGGCGGUCACGCGCAAGCUCAAGGCGGUGGCCGAGCGCCACAAUGAUGCGCCCCAAGCGGCGGACGCCACGGCGCCCGUGUUGGCGAAUCUGCAGCGCGAUGUGGCCGUCGCCGUUGAGAUGCUGCGCAACAUCAAGGCACCGGCACCAGCACCGACCGUCAUCCACGACGAUUCCGGCAGCGGUGCGAUCGUCGAGGCAAUCGAGAGGCAGCACAAACAGGUGCAGGAUGAGAUCCGCGAACUCAAGACCACCCAGCAGGACGAGUUCAAGAAGCAGGUGGCCCAGAUCGAGACCGCACUCAAGAAUGUUAAUCCAAGCGGUCGCGUCAUCCACAUGAGCGACGAGGUGACCUUCAAGCGCGCCAUUGAGCACAUCACCCAUGAGACCAAGACGCAGCUGGCCAAGAUCAACCAGAGCCUCAAGGCCAGCACCAUAUCCAAUGCCCUCCACCAUCAGCUCAUGGCCAUCCACGGCGACAUCCAGGCGCUCAUUGUGCCCGCCACCACGGCCAACCUGCAGGCCACCAUCAGAUCACUCAAGAUCAGGCUCAAGGGCAUCAAUCAGCGCAUCAAGGCCCUCGCCGACACACCACAUGCACCCAACAACACCAAGCAGAUCACAGACAUGGUGCACAAUGCCAAGACACAUAUCACCACCACCAUCAGCAACAUCCAGAUAGCCAGCACAGCCACACCAGUGCCUGCCGUGCAACAUGUGACACAGCAACAGGAUCCAGCAAUCAUCAACCAAAUCAACAAUGUGAUGAAUGGGGUGACCGCCAUCAAGACCGUGGUUGACCCAAUCCAGAACCAUCUCAACGACAUCAUGGCCAAGGUUCAAGAAUCCCAGAUCACGACGUCACACAAGAUCCAGCAGAUCCAGAUCAAGGCCAUCAAUCACUGA